AGAUGCGCAGAAGAGAGUGAAGAAGCAAUGGUGCGUGUGGCUGGUGACGUGUGGUGGUCGUGGGUGUACCGCUGCCAGUGUUCUCCCACACCUCUCUUGAUACACUCUAACUCUACCUCUUCCUUGGAAUAUACCUGAAGUCUUGAACAGAAGUGAUAAACAUGGGGCCGGUGGACAUAGUGAGCAACCCUUAUGGUCUCAUAGCUGCCACUUUCCUUCUGUAUGUGGCCUACUGGCUCGUACAACGCAGACGUCAGCACGCUGUGUUCUCCCAGCUGGGAAUUCCCUAUGUGAAGCCUCAUAUUAUCUAUGGCAGCAACGAUGUACUGCGGAAGCCCGGGAUCCUAGUUACUGAUUUUAUAGGUCAAUAUAUUCAGAAGUACGGCAAAGUCUUCGGCUUUUACAUCGGCAGUAAACCUAUGCUGGUUGUAGCUGACUUAGACCUCAUCAGGCAGGUACUUGUAAAAGAUUUUCACAACUUCUCUAACCGACCAAAGUUAGUGGUGAGGGCACAACCGGUUGUUGAUACUGUUGUUGGUCUCCGGGACCAGCGUUGGAAGGACGUUCGCUCUGUCCUGGCUCCUACGUUUUCUAUGGUGAAAAUGAAAUGCAUGGCUGGCAUCAUGAAUCAGAAGAUUGAUGAACUGUUGACCAUUAUUGCGGAGACGCAUGCAAGAGGAGAACCAGUCGAAUGGUAUUCUACUUUCCAGGGCCUGACACUCGACGUGAUCAGCGAGUGUGCUUUGGCCAUGAAGACUGACUGUCAGAGAAAUCAAGACAAAGACAAAUUUUUCGUAGCCGUGAAAGCGUUCUUGAAGAAUGCCAUCAAUCCAGCAGUUCUCCUUGCUCUGUAUUUCCCAUUCUUCGCCAAUUUUUUGAGCUACGCCAGUAACAAACUGGUUUUGUCGGGAAGGAUGACACAGAUGAUAGUCGAACACCUUAAGACUGUAAUUUCCAUCCGUCGUAGGGACUUAAGCACAAAGUACAUAGAUGUGCUGCAGCUAAUGCUAGAGGCUGCAGAGUCUCGGGUAGACAACUCUGGCGAUGGUGUCGAGACCAACGAAGCUGCCUUGGCCUCGGACAAGGAGAGACCAAAACAAACAUUGCUUACCGACGGAGAGAUCAUCGCUAACGCCUGGGUCUUCUUGCUGGGUGGUUUCGAGACUACAGCCAACACACUCACUUACACCACGUACCUGCUGGCGACGCACCCCGAGACUCAAGAGAGACUUUACGAAGAGAUUUGUAAUGCAUUUCAGACUGAUGACCAGCUGACCUACGAACAAGUGAAGGAAUUAAAGUAUCUUGAGGAGGUUCUGAGCGAGUCCCUGAGGCUGUACCCGCCUGUGGUCAACUUCGUCACUAGAGAAUGUGCUCAGGAUUUCAAGCUGGGUGACUACAUGGUUCCUAAAGACAUGACCAUCGUGGUGCCCAUCUGGCAGCUUCACCGGGACCCAGAGCAGUGGCCACAACCUGACAAAUUCGACCCGGACAGGUUCUCCAGCGACGCCAAGGCAACAGAGACGAGACACCCCAUGUCUUACAUUCCCUUCGGUGCUGGGCCCAGGAACUGUCCUGGCAUGAGGUUUGCCCAGCUCGAAGCUAAACUUGCACUCGCCAGGAUAGUUAAGAACUACAGGUUGGAGGUAUGCGAGGGCACGCCUCGACCGCUGACCUUCACCAUACCGACAGUAGCCAUCAACCCAGCUACACCAGUCUACAUAAAGGCUGUACCCAGAGAAUCUAAUCUAAAGUCAUCUUAAAAUGCUAGUUUUUCUAACUUAAGAACAAAGCUAGACUACUACUGAUGGCUGUGAUGUAGGUGUCAAUGUUCACCCUACAGUGAGAACAAAUUAUAUAAAUUUCUAAGAAUCUUUCGUAUUUCUGAAUGUCGUAUAUGCAAGUUACUAAUGUUUUGUGAGCCAUAAUUCCUGGAAAUUCAGCAUGAACAGUAUACCGUGAGUUUAUUAAUUUGUUCAGAAGCUAGACCCCUGUGGGUUUAACGCUUAGUUAUAAUUUAUGAUCAGAAGCUAAUGUUUGUAGUAUUGUUCGUGGUGAAGCGCUAAACCCGCAAGGGAGAUACAGCUUCUGGGGACUGAAGUAAUUAUAUUUAAUAUAAGGAAUGGAAGGGCAGUUAUUUAGGUCAUGAAGCCUUCAACCUCACACUUUCCCUGAAUGAACUUCAUAUGGAAUGAACUGGAAAAUACUGUGUAAGAGUAAACAGAAUUUGGAUGUUGUUGGCAGUGAUUGACACUGGAACCAUUCUUCGGGUUAAGCGCUAAACGUCAUUAUACUAUGGGAAAACAUUAGUACAUUAUUGCAGUGGACAGCACUGCAUGACCAUUGUGGGUUUAGCGUUUAGUUGUGAUCAUAAUUACUGCAGUGGAAUAAAUGUAAUUCAUGUG